AUGAGGGAUGCAUUUCUCUCCCGGUGCACAAGACUCCUUCAUCUCCUCUGGAUGAGCCUCAUUUCCAUGGAGAGCUGCGGUGCCAAAGUUUUGGAGAAGACGUUUGAAGAAUGGAUGAGGUACAAGGCCGAAUGCUCGAAGAAGAUGGCAAAUGACCCUUAUCCCUCCGGACUGUUCUGCAACCGAACAUUUGAUAUGUACGCAUGCUGGCCUGACGGGAGUCCGGGCACCGUUGUCAAUGUCUCCUGCCCCUUCUACUUGCCCUGGUUUGAAAAAGUUAAACACGGGCUCGUGAGCCGCAAGUGCGGGGCUGACGGGCACUGGGUGCUACUGAACGGGACAGAGGCCUGGAGGGACCACUCUCAGUGCAAGGACGAGGCGGAAGCCACCAGUGAAGAGGAAGGGGCCCACCGGUUGAUGGUGAGCUUCAAAGUCCUCUACACAGUGGGCUAUUCCCUGUCGCUGCUAGCUCUGACCCUGGCUCUGCUCAUCCUCACCGUCUUCAGGAAGCUGCGUUGCACUCGGAACUACAUCCACGCCAAUCUCUUCGCCUCCUUUGGGCUCCGGGCAGUUUCAGUAAUUGUGAAGGAUUCGUUGCUGGAGAAGAUGUGGGGGAAGGAGGUCUUUCAGAUGUCUGACUGGGAGGCCUUGCUGAGUAAUGAAGCUGCAAUUGGCUGCCGAGUGGCUCAGGUGGUGAUGCAAUACUGUAUCCUAGCCAAUCACUAUUGGUUUCUGGUGGAGGCGGUCUACCUAUACAAGCUUCUGAUAGGAGCCGUCUUUUCAGAGAAGAAUUACUACACCCUCUACCUGUACCUUGGCUGGGGAACCCCUGUAGUAUUUGUGGUUCCAUGGAUGGCCGCCAAAUACCUGAAGGAGAACGCAGAGUGCUGGGCACUGAAUGAGAACAUGGCUUAUUGGUGGAUUAUUCGGAUUCCUAUUCUGCUAGCAUCUGUGAUCAACCUGCUCAUCUUCAUGCAGAUCCUCAAGGUGAUUCUGGCCAAGCUGCGAGCCAACCAGAAGGGCUACGCUGACUACAAAUUGCGGUUAGCCAAAGCCACCCUCACCCUUAUCCCUCUAUUUGGGAUCCAUGAAGUGGUCUUCAUUUUUGCCACCGAUGAACAAACCACAGGGAUCUUGCGCUACAUCAAAGUGUUCUUCACGCUCUUCCUCAACUCUUUCCAGGGGUUCCUGGUUGCUGUCCUCUACUGCUUUGCAAAUAAGGAGGUGAAAUCGGAAAUGAAAAAGAAAUGGCAGCUGUGGAAACUGGAUCACACGGCGGUCUGCUGCACUCAGUGA